CGGAGUACUCACUUUUUUAAAAAAAUUUACUUUAUUGGAGUAAUUUUUACGCCUCCUAACUCCUAAGCUCGCUAUUCAACGAGUUAUUGUAUUUUUCAGUGUAACGGUCAGCUUCUGUGAUAAAAUUUACACCACCACUCUCUCUCCUCAAACCGCCGGAAAGUUGCAAUAGUCGUCGCUAUAUUUCACUCUCAAAGCGACGAACAAACCUCUCGCCAUUUUACUGCAUUCUUCUUGCUGUGAUUCAACUUUUGCUUAUAAUCGUCGCGUGUUUAGGUUUUCUUUGAGGAGAUUUAAUUGUAAUUUGUGAAACAAAUUUUGUUGAUUAAUUCGGGAAAGAGGAAAUUUACAAAAUUAGGGUUUUCUUGAUGCUUCGAUUUGGAGUUGGAGGAGGUUGAUAAUGGUGGUAGCAGCACCCGCAACGCCCAAUCUGAAGACAACGCCGAAUCUGCGGUCGCAUUCGACACCUAAGCGACCGCCAUUGUUGCCGGCGGAGAGAGAUAACAGCAACAACAAUGUCGCCAUUGCAGCUCACCAUCGGCGUCCAAAAUCUAGGGAGGUGAACUCUCGUUAUUUGUCGACUUCUUCUUCGUCCUCCACAUCUGGUUCUUCCUCUUCAACUAUCUCCAAUUCUUACUACUUUUCCCCCUCUUCCCGCCGAUGUCCUUCUCCCGCUCCCUCGAGAACGGGGGCGGGAGCAGCUCCAGCGACCCCUGCGAUGAAUUCGAAUUCGGCGAUUAAGCGGUCGCAGUCAGUGGAGCGGCGGCAGCCAACGACGCCUAGAGUGAGAGGAGAGAGAAUUCCCGGUGAGAUGUCUGCGGCUGCCAAAUUACUGAUGUCUUCGUCGAGAAACUUGUCUGUUUCGUUUCAAGGGGGGUCAUUUGCGGUGCCUACAGGUAAGAAAACCACAAAACCUUCGCCUUCUCCGGUUGCAAGUUCGAGAAAGGGUACACCGGAGCGGAAGCAGAGUUUAUCCAGGGUGACGCCGAGGAUGGGAGGGGAAAAUACGAGGGCUAUUGAGCAGCAUCAGCCGUGGCCAGGUAGGACGCGGCCACCGGUGAGUUCGUUGAGUCGAAGUGUGGAUUUAGGGGGUUGUGAGGGUAAGAAAUUGAUAAAUGGAUCUGCUACCAAAGUGGUUAGGGCACUGCAAGAGUCGUUGAUGGGUGAUUGUAAGUUGAAUACAAGUAUGAGUAAAGAUGAAAUUGUGAAAGGCACUAGGGAGGAUAAUAAUGCCAAUUGCCUUAAUGAGGGUUUAGAAUCGCUUGUUUCUGAUAAGGAGAGUGUGUCAUCUGAAUGCAAUUCAGCUACAGGGUCACAAGAUAGUAGUAAUGCCAGUUCUGGUCGUGGCAAAGGUAGUGGUCGAAGUAUCGUGGUUCCUCCUAAAUUUUUGCUAGAGGCUAAUAGUUUCCGGUCGAAAUGUUUCUCUGAGCCAGGUUCUCCAGUUGCUAGAAGCAGUUUCUUGAAAGGAAUAGCUCCACCUAAACUCAUCCCACCCAAGAGGUUGAUGACAGAUAGUUCAGGGGCGUCUCCUAGAGGACCUGUUGGUAAUAGAGGAAUUUCGUCUCCUCUUCGUGGGUCUUUGAGGCCUUCAUCACCAAAUCAUCUAGGACCGUCUUUGCGGCCUCCAUCACCGAGUAUGCUAGGGCAAUCCUUGAGGUCUGCAUCUCCAGGUAAACAGGGGGCAUCUUUGAGGCCUGCAUCACCAAGUAAACCUGGGACAUCCUUGAGAUCUGCAUCACCUAGUAAACCAGGCACAUCCAUGAGACCUGCAUCACCAGGUAAACCUUUUAGGCCUGCAUCACCAGGUAAACCUGGCCCAUCUUUGAGGCCUGCAUCACCUAGUAGACCAGGGACAUCUUUCAGGCCUGCAUCACCAAGUAAGCCCGGGGGAUCGUUACGAUCUCCAUCACCAAGUAAACUAGGGGCGUCUUUUAGACCUGCAUCACCAAAUAAGUUGGGAACAUCCCUUGCAUCUGAGAAGGCUUCUCCCUCGGUAGGAAUGGGUCGAAUGGCUAGCCCAUCCAGGGUGCGAAAUGCUAUAGUGGGCGCAUUUGCUAAUACUAUGACUGGCAUGCCAUCAGUUUUAUGUUUUGGGGCUGAUGUUAGGAGGGUGAGAGUGGGGGAUAGUCGUCUUGGUGAUGCACAUUUGCUGCGUAUCUUGCAUAAUAGGCAAUUGCAGUGGAGGUUUGUCAAUGCAAGAACAGAGGCUUCCUUGUCUUUUCAAAAGUUCAAUGCAGAGAGGAGUCUUUUCAAUUCAUGGAAAACGACUUCAGAUUUGCGCGAAACAGUCUCUUGUAAAAGGAAAGAACUGCAAUGGCUGAAGCAGAAUUUGAAGCUUGUGUCUAUUUUGAAGGGGCAAAUGUUAUACUUGGAAGAGUGGGCGUUUAUGGUUAAAGAUCAUUGCAGUUCAUUAUCUGGUGCCAUUGAGUCACUGGAGGCUAGCACGAUUCGCCUUCCGCUUGUUGGUGGAGCGAAGGGGGAUAUUCAAGAUGUGAAGGAUGCUAUAUGCUCCGCUGCAGAUGUGAUGCAUGCUAUGGCUUCUUCAAUAUGUUCACUUUUGGAAAAGGUUGAGGAUGUAAAUUCUUUAGUGGCAGAAGUUGCUAGUAUAACUUCAAAGGAGCAAUCAUUCCUUGAUGAGUGCAAAGACAUCCUGUCAUUGUUGUCAGCUAUGCAGGUAAAAGAUUGCAGCCUCAGAGCACACAUGUUACAGUUAAAGUAUGCACCAUCAGUCAUGGCUGUCGAAGUGUGAAUGUUGCACGUCAUGUGGACUUGUUGAUUCUAACAUAACUCUUUAACUACCUGAUUCACUUUAUUCUUACCUCAAGGCUCAAGCCAUCCGUUGAAAGGUGUGCCCAAGUCUAUCUGUUGGGAGUGUCAAGAGUUCUCUGAUCGUAUAGAGGAAUACUUACUGCUCUACUGUGCAAUUUGUAUGCCAGUGCGCUGGUGCAUUUCACUUAGGAUGUCUGUUAGUACAGGUUUUGCCUUACACUAGAAGAAAAAAAAUGUGCAAAAUGUACAUAUGGUAAUGAUAGUUAUAUGUGCAAUUACCGUGGCUGUUAUCAAAAGUUCAGUUACAGUUCGGUAUGGUUACGGUAAGCUCUAAUAUUAAUAUAAAAUAUGAUGUGCAACUAAGAUUAGUCA